AUGUCGCAACCCGGGGUUCGGCUGGUGUGGCUGGGUCGCGUGCAGUAUGCCGAGCUACUGGCGCUACAAGAGCGCUGGCUGCGGCGACUGCAGGCCGAGCCUGCAACUAAGGCCUCGUCGGGGACUGAGGCGGGCGCGCUCCUGCUGUGCGAGCCCGCGGGGCCCGUUUACACAGCCGGGCUGCGCGGUGGCCUGACAUCGGAGGAAACCGCGCGGCUGCGGGCCUUGGGCGCCGAGGUGCGUGCCACAGGCCGCGGCGGCCUGGCCACCUUCCACGGUCCGGGGCAGCUGCUUUGCCACCCGUUGCUGGACUUGCGGCGCCUAGGCCUGCGCUUGCGCACUCACGUGGCGGCGCUGGAGGCGUGCGCCGUGCGCCUGUGCGAACUCCAGGGCCUCAGGGGCGCCCGCGCGCGGCCCCCGCCCUACACCGGCGUCUGGCUGGGCGAGCGCAAGGUUUGCGCGAUCGGAGUUCGUUGUGGAAGGCACAUCACAUCCCACGGCCUGGCUCUGAAUUGCUCUACGGACCUCACAUGGUUUGAGCAUAUUGUACCUUGCGGACUGGUUGGGACAGGCGUCACUUCCCUAAGUGAGGAGCUCCAGAGGCACAUCACCGUGGAUGAAAUAAUGCCAUCUUUCCUUGUGGCCUUUAAGGAGACGUACAAGUGCACACUGGUCUCGGACGACAGCCCCAGCUGAAGAGUAUUCAUGUUAUCCCAGCCAGGAUGACCCUGUCUUAGAAACCACCAAAUCUGACUUGAGUCACUGGAACCCCAGUUCUAGACCUGGCUUAUUAUUCACUGACUGUGAGACCAAGGGCAAAUCAUGAGCUCUGAACCAUUGUCUGCUUAUGUGUUGCAGUUUAAUUAUAUUAUCUUUGCCUACCUCAGGUUCUAGAUUGAAAACAUGAAAAGAAACAUAUGCUGUAUAACAUUAGUAUGGCCCGUUUCUCAGCCUAGAGAAACUCAGAUGUCAUAGACUGACAUUCUCAAUUGUUUGUUACUUCCCUAAUACUGUAUCUAAUUGAAUAUUUCUGGUGGAGUUCCAUUGAUUUUUGUAGGAAUCAAAUCCCUGGAUGGCCCACAUUAAAGUGAUGUGAUGUGGCACUUUUUGCAUUCUCAAGAGACCUGGGUGCCUUCUGCAAUAAAGGGAAGAGCAUUAUCAAAGAAAAAAGUGGGAUCUUGUCUUCCUGGGUUAGAUUCUUCAAGUUUGAUAAUUUCCCUGUUUUGGGUUGGGAUACCCUGAACUGGGUCAGAGGUUACAGGAAGAACA